UGUUGGUCCGGCUGAGAUUCGAAUACCCUAGCACUAGCAGUCGUCUCGCUCUCUUCCUUUUCUUUCAAAUUGUCCCAAUGGGAAAAUCUAGCAAGAGUUCCUCCAGCGAAGAUGAAGGUUCUUCUUCUCCAGAUGUGAGUUCCAUCGAACAAGAUUUGGAUUCCCUGAGAGUAGAUGUGGCUUCUCUCACUGCAACUGUGAAAUCAACACUUGAUUUGAUGCCGUCUAAGGAGGAGUUACUUGCCAUGGUUACCUCAUUCCAAGAACUUGCAAAGAAACUGGCAAAGAUACCUGCUUCAGUUGCUCAAGUUACUUCAUCCUCUAAGUAUCAUCACAAGAAGAAACGUGGUGAAGGUGAAGAGCCUGCCAAGAAAGAGAAAAGUGAUGAAGGUGAAGAGCCUGCCAAGAAAAAGGCUAAAUCAGAUACCAAUAAUACUCGUAAAAAAGAGAGCAUUACUCGUCCGUUUCCUGUCUAUGUGGAUGCUCAUCCUCUUGAAAAGAAUGCUCAGGUAGGCGAGAUAGUCGAAUUCAAAAUGCAACCUGGGGGGAGCAUUGAUCGUGGCAUCCUUUUCGUAAAGGGAUAUGAUUCUUCGCUUUCUGAGAAUGAUAUCACGGAAGCAAUGCUUGAGCAUUUCAGUCCAUGUGGAAUGAUCCGAAGAAUUUAUUUUCAAACAAAUGGAACCACACCUAUCUUAAGACAUGUUUUCCUUGAAAUGUUACAAGGCACAGAGGCCGCUUUAAAACUUAAUGGAAGUGACCUGGGAGGAUUUAAACUUGAAGUUCAUGAUGCUAAACAGAGAGACGAAUUCUAUUUCUAGCAAGAUCAACAAGUAAUAGAGACCAGCUGCAGAUAGCUACUGUUGGUGCGACUUGUUUCUCGACCAGCCACAUAUAAAUAUUUGGAUAAUACUAUUUCUGUUUUUAUUUAUGUAAGAAUACUGGCCUAAAUUUUAAUGUUAUAAAACUGCGUUAUGUAUUUUCACUAUAUGGUUUGUUACUUUACCCAUUUUCACUA